AUGGAGACCAAGGACUUUGGGGUGCACACAGGAGGUAGCGUUAGUGGAAGUUUUGGUGACAAAAUGGUUUUGGUUGGGAACAAGAGGCGCAUGCAGGAAAACAAUGUCGAGGUUGGUCCCGAGGUUGACAAUGCAUUAGCAAUAGCUCAUACCAAUUUUAGUGUAGAUCAGUCUGCUCUUCUUGCGCUCAAAGCUCACAUCACUAGUGACCCUCAAAACAUCUUGACCGCCAACUGGUCCUCUCCCUCCAAUUCCGACAUUUGCAACUGGGUUGGCGUUACUUGUGGUGCUCGCCACCACAGAGUCAUGGCCUUAAAUCUCUCGUUCAUGGGUCUUGCCGGGGUUAUUCCUCCUCAUCUAGGCAACCUCUCAUUUCUCAUUGAGUUGGACCUUAAGAAUAAUAGUUUUCAUGGUCCCCUACCCCAAGAAUUGUCUCGUUUGCGCCGGUUGAAGAAGAUUAACUUUGGAAACAACAACUUUAUGGGAACCAUUCCUUCGUGGUUUGGGUCCUUCGCUAAACUUGAAUCCUUCAAAUUGCACUCCUACAAUUUUUUACAUAUAUGA